AUGAAACCCUACAACAACAACACCUAUAAUAGCGCCCUAUCUACCGCAGCGCCGUCCACACGAGGCUACCAGUCCUUCGCGUCCACCACGAGCCCCCUCAGGUCCUCCAUCGGCGCCGGCCGGACGUUAGUUGGCCCUAAACCAGUCCCGAGCAAACAACUGACUACCGCCAGCGCCAGCGCCAGCUUCGUAACCGGCGCCAUGGCCGUUAGCGACGCCGCCAGUCCGCUUUCCGCCACCAGCGCUCCCUACACUACCGUCUCCAGCGGACGCGCGCCUUCUCGACCCGCUGCGAGCUCCGUUGCAACCAGCUUCAAAACUUCGCCGCUAGCCACUCUGCCCAAGUCGCUUGCGCCUCUAGGCUCCGCCGCCGGUUCGGCCGUUGCCGCCACCAUGGCCUCUUACCCCGGCGCUACCGGUUACCCCGGUACUGCGGAGUACCCCGGCACUGCUGGGCAGCCUGCCGCUACCCACUACCCCGGCGCUACCGGCGUAGUGGCGUACUCCGUCGCUGCCCGGUCCGCAGACUCCCGCUCGUCGCCCAACGCAGGGUCGGCGACAGCACCGCGAUUAGAACCGGCCUACACGUCCGGAAGCCGAACUGGUCAGGUUGCUGGACGCUCCCUGGGUCCCUACGACCCGUUGCUGAACUCUGCGGUGGCGAACAUCCAGCUGAAAAACGGACUCGAGACCAGCGCGCCCAUUUCCAUCCUGGACGCAAACCCCAUGGUCACCUCCCUCGCGAAGCUGCCCGGCCAUAACGUCCAUGCUGCGGUCCCCAUGGUCUACCCCAUCAGCGGGCCGUCCAACAUCAUUUACGACGUCUACGAUAUCGAUCAAGUUCCGCAACAGGAGACCUGGAAGCCGAUAGCGUUUUAUUACAGAUCCGCGGAGUAA